GAUGAGUUUCUAUAAAAGGACCUCAAAGCCAAGCCAUUUUUCUCACAAGCUGCAGACCCAAAAGCACGAGCUCAAAGCACACUAAGCUCACACACACGAACUCUAUUAUCUCGAGGCUUCGGAUACGUCAUCGUCCAGCGGCAUGGACGCGGUGCUGGCAGGGCUCGUGAAGGACAAGCCGGUGGUGAUAUUCAGCAAGAGCACGUGCUGCAUGAGCCACACCGUGAAGUCGCUCAUACUGAGCUACGGCGCGAACCUGACGGUGUACGAGCUCGACCAGAUCCCGAACAGCAACCAGGUCGAGCGCGCGCUGGUCCAGCUCGGGCGGCGUGAGGUCGUCCCCACCGUGUUCAUCGGCCAGAAGUACGUCGGCGGCCCGAACGAGCUCAUGAGCCACCAGGUGAGGGGGACUUUGGUCCCUCUUCUCCGAGAGGCCAGAGCUAUUUGGAUAUAGAGACUAAAGAUAAGCAUUUGCGUCUUUCUUCAGUUUUCCCUCAUUAUAGCAAUAAUACGUUUAACAUACGCGUGCGAGAUUGUAUUACGAAUACGAAAAGGCGGACUUCUUGGUAGCUUUGUUUUCUAACCCUAAUGGCUGCACGCUAUGGAAGAUGGCAGCCUUCUUCUCUUUGUUUUUUUGUUCUUUUGCUUUUUGAGGUCUUUUUGUUUUCUUUUGCAUUUACCACUCUAAAUGUAAUCUUAAGGCAUCAAAUGAUAUGUGCGUCCCAUGAAAUUUAUGUA